UACAGAGUUAAAAAAAAAUAAGACAGCAUCCAUCAGGCAUUGAAAGCAGAAUUUUGUACUUAAGAUCUUGUCUUCCCACCAUCAGCCACUGCUAGCACACCAAAGGGGUCCAAUACACUCUACCCAUUUCCUUCUUAUCAUCGAUUUCUUUCUCUCUUUUUUUCUUUUUUCUCACUCCCAAACUUCCCAUUAUAAGAUCAAUAAUACAACUCAUUUUGUUUUUCUUCCAUAGUUUGAUUAUUCGAUAUCUGAUCUCAUCAUUAAGGAUCAAAUGAGGUCUAAGAAAAUGUGUGUGUAUGUUGCUACUAUCAUCAUAUGCAGUAGUAGUGUGUUCAUAGAUGCUAUGAACUUUAGCAGCAAUGCCGCCCAUGAAAACUACACUCAGUUCCUCAUCGCCAAUGGAGUUGCUCGUACACCUCCAAUGGGUUGGAACAGCUGGAAUCACUUUCAGUGCAAUGUAGACGAGUGGACCAUAAAGAGCACUGCGGAUGCUCUUAUUUCAACUGGCUUGGCAACACUUGGAUACAAAUAUGUGAACAUAGAUGAUUGUUGGGGAGAAAUGGAGAGAGACGAGAAGGGAAAUUUAAAGGCAAAAUCUAAGACUUUUCCUUCUGGAAUUCAGGCUCUGGCAGAGUACAUGCAUGCAAGAGGAUUAAGAAUUGGCAUAUACUCUGAUGCUGGUUUUAGGACAUGUAGCAAGACAAUGCCUGGCUCACUUGGACAUGAAGAUCAGGAUGCAAAAACCUUUGCCCAAUGGGGGGUCGAUUAUUUAAAGUAUGAUAACUGCUACAAUGAUGGCUCUAAGCCUCAAGACAGAUACGCUAGGAUGAGUUAUGCAUUGUCUAAGGCUGGCCGGCCAAUCCUUUACUCCUUGUGUGAAUGGGGACAAGAGAAUCCGGCAACAUGGGCCGGUCGAUAUGGUAAUGCUUGGCGAACUACAGGAGACAUUAAAGACACUUGGGAGAGUAUAACAUCCAUUGCAGAUCAAAACAAUGUUUGGGGAAGGUAUGCAGAGCCAGGCAGGUGGAAUGAUCCAGACAUGUUGGAAGUGGGAAAUGGAGGCAUGAAUGUAGAGGAAUAUCGAUCACAUUUUAGUAUUUGGGCAGCAAUGAAAGCUCCAUUGCUUAUUGGAUGUGAUGUUCGAUCUUUGAGCAAAGAAACUCUUGGGAUCCUUGGAAACAAGGAGGUCAUUAGUGUUAAUCAAGACCCUUUGGGUGUUCAAGCAAGGAAAAUUCGAUCAAUAACUGGCCUAGAAGUUUGGGCUGGGCCAUUAUCAAGAAAAAGAGUGGUGGUAGUAUUUUGGAAUAGGGGCAGCUCCAUGGCUGCAAUAUCUGUGGGAUGGAGAGAAAUUGGACUCUCAACCUUUACACCUGUUGUUGUUAGAGAUUUAUGGGCGCAUUCGUUUGUGUCAAGAAAUAUUCGUUCUCGAUUGACUUCAUAUGUUGCUCCACAUGGAUGUAAGAUGUAUACCCUGGCUCCUUCUUAAGAUGGAAGUUUUGACUGAAUAUUUAAGCACCUUCUCUAAGAAUAAUUAUAUAAAUAUAUAUAAUAUAUAAUUUUCAAUAUUUGUAUAGCUAUGAUCUGGUGUAAAGAUAAAUUCAUCUUAUAACAGAUCAAGCAGUUAAGUUUGGAGAUUUCAAAGUUUGAGUCAAUAAUAAAUUAUUACUAAUCUUUUCUA